GCGGUCGCUGCUGCGAGCCCGAGCGGCGGAGGGGCUCGCUGGGUUCGCCGCCGGCGAAGGGGAGUCGGCAGCCGGGGCGGCGGCAGCAGCAGCAGCAGCAGCAGCGAACAUGGCGGCAGCGGCGCUGUGGCGGAGCUGCGCGAAGCUAAGAAGAAACAUGCCAAUCUACUUGGCUUCUUGGAAGGCUCCUCCUAGUGUCUGUAAAUCAUCCAAAUCAGAAGCUAUGGCAAACCUAGCCAAUGAGCGGGUAGUGUGUGCUCCCCUUGACACACUUACAGAAGAAGAGAUAAUGAUGAAAGAAAUGGUGAAAAAAUUUGCUCAAGACCAAAUUGCACCUUUGGUAAAAGCAAUGGAUGCAAAUGCAGAAAUGGAUGAAUCUGUACUGCAAGGACUAUUUGAACAAGGGCUAAUGAGUAUUGAGCUUGGACCAGAGUAUGGAGGAACUGGAUCUUCAUUUUUUUCUACCAUACUGGUGGUAGAGGAAUUGGCCAAGGUUGACCCAGCUGUAGCUCUUCUGUGUGAACUCCAGAACACAGUUACGAAUAAAUUGUUUAUUGAAUAUGGAACAGAAGAACAAAAGAGAACUUAUUUGCCCAGAUUGGCUAAAGAUUUGACAGGCAGUUUCUGCCUUUCCGAGGUUGGAUCUGGCAGUGAUGCAUUUUCUUUGAAGACUCAUGCUGAUAAGAAGGGAGACUACUAUAUUAUCAAUGGCUCAAAGAUGUGGAUAAGCUUUGCAGAACAGGCAGGAGUGUUUUUCGUGUUGGCAAAUGCAAAUGCUUCUUUGGGAUACAAGGGAAUUACAUGCUUCAUAGUAGAUCGUGGCACAGAGGGCCUACAUGUAGAGAAAAAGGAAGAUAAACUGGGAAUCAGAGCAAGUUCUACAUGCCCCGUAACGUUUGAAAAUGUAAAGGUUCCUAAAACCAAUAUCCUGGGACAGCUUGGACAAGGUUAUAAGUAUGCAAUUGGAAUGCUAAAUGUGGGCAGAAUAGGUAUUGCUGCACAGAUGUUGGGAUUGGCACAGGGAUGUUUUGACCACACAAUUCCAUAUGUAAAGGAGAGAGUCCAGUUUGGGAAAAGCAUAUUUGAUUUUCAGGGAAUGCAACAUCAGAUAGCUCAAGUGGCCACCCAGCUGGAAGCUGCACGGUUGCUGACCUAUAAUGCAGCCAGACUCGUAGAAGCAGGAAGACCAUUCAGAAAAGAAGCAAGCAUGGCCAAGUAUUAUGCUGCCGAGGUUGCAACACUGACAACUAGUAAAUGUAUUGAAUGGAUGGGUGGAGUUGGAUUCACAAAAGAUUAUCCAAUUGAAAAAUACUAUCGAGACUGCAAAAUUGGUACAAUAUAUGAAGGAACUUCAAAUAUCCAGCUGAGUACAAUUGCAAAAUGCAUAGCUCAAGAAUACUGAAAACCGCAAGGACGUUGUGACUGUUCACACUGAAAUUUAGAAUCAGCAUGCCUCAUUGGUGAAAUCAAGGGUUACACUUCGACAGAAGUAAACAAAGAAACAGGAGAUAAAUCCUCAACCUGCUCUACUGGCACAAAAGGGCACAAAGACAUCUGAAGAAGCAGCUGAUUUCCCCCAGGGCAGAGGUAUCAUUGGCUGGUGUAAAGCCAGCUAUAUGCCGUCUGGUGUGGUGAGAAUGGAUAGACUUGGAUAGUUCAGCCAUCCUUGCUACCUUUCUCUGGUGAGCGAUUCCUUUGGGGCCGCUAUAGUUGAGGUUACUUAGAGCAGUCUUAGCCUAUUCUAAAUUAUAUCUGGCAGUUUGGCCCUUGGCAUUCCCUGGAUUGGGGAUCUUGAAAGGUGCAUUGGUCAAACUGGACAGUCUCUAUGUAAAAGAAUAAAUGGACACAAAUCAGAUGUCAAGAAUGAUAACAUUCAAAACCAGUUGGAGAACAUUUCAGUCUCUUUGGUCACUCGAUUACAGACCUAAAAGUGGCAAUUCUUCAACAAAAAAACUUCAAAAACAGACUCCAACGAGAGACUGCUGAAUUGGAAUUAAUUUGCAAACUGGAUACAAUUAACUGAGGCUUGAAUAGAGACUGGGAGUGUAUGGGUCAUUACACAAAGUAAAACUAUUUCCCCAUGUUUAUUACCCUCCCCCACCUCCCACUGUUCCUCAGACGUUCUUGUCAACUGCUGGAAAUGGCCCACCUUGAUUCCCACUACAAAAGGUUCCCCUCCUUCCCCCCGCUCUCCUGCUGCUAAUAGCUCACCUUAAGUGAUCACGUUACAGUGUGUAUGGUAACACCCAUUGUUUCAUGUUCUCUAUGUAUAUAAAUCUCCCCACUGUAUUUUCCACUGAAUGCAUCCGAUGAAGUGAGCUGUAGCUCACGAAAGCUUAUUCUCAAAUAAAUUUGUUAGUCUCUAAGGUGCCACAAGUACUCCUUUUCUUUUUGAGAGUCCUAAGAGAUACUUCACCAGUACUACAGAAGACCAGACUUAACAUUCUUGAUAUUUAUGAGGUAAAACAAGCAGACUCCUGCAUGAUCAGAAAGAAGCAAAAAGCAUAGUGCCAUUUUUAUAAAAGUUAUUUGUAGGUCACUAUUGUGACUUGCCCAAGGCUACCAAGGGAAUCACUGUAGGGAUUAGAAUUUGGGGCUUCAUCAUUGCAACUCUUGUGCUUCAACCCUGCACCAUUCCUCCCUUGGUUGAAGCUUCAGCUUUAAUGUGACUGCUUUAGUAGAGUGACUCUUCCAACAAAUGCUUAGAUUAGGGUGACAGUUGUCCCUUUGCUGAAGAGAACAAGUUUCAAGAUUCAUUUGAUCAAUGCCUUGGUGACUUUCAAGAGAAAAAAUUUCAAAUUGUUUGCAGACAUACUUCCAGCUAAACUAAAAGAAGCUGAGGGUACAGUUCAACUAGAAUUGAUUAUUUUAGGGCUUGUCUUCACAGCAACAGUUAGCUCAAGUUACCCCACUCCAGCUAGCCUAGCUUGAGUGAGAGCAGCCACACUGUGAAACACUUGAGCUACACAGAUUGAUUGGCUUAGCAACUGAUGAGUUGUGCUAACAUGGUGAACUGUAGCCUAUAGCUGCAUCCCCACUGUAUUACUAGCUUGAGCAUCAGCAGUGUUCGAGCUUCAACCUGCAUUCCCUGAUGGGCCAGCUAGUUGAAGUUUAAAGCACCACUGAACUUGAGCUAGAGAUUUGUAUGUUGACAGGAGUACCUGAAGCUAACACUGCGGUGAGGGCAAGCCCCUAAGUGCCUUGAUCCAAAUUUUGUGAGGAAAAAUAUUGAAUUUCUAUUAAGACCUGCUGUGGGACAGAUAUCAAGGGUUGUGUAAGAGGGCUACUCUUUGUAUGACCUCUCUGGAAGUAUGUCAUAUUGGUAAAGAUCCGCUUCAAGUGAUUUGGAAAAAUCAAAAUAUUGCAAUGUGCCUAACAGCCUCAAAUCUGCAUUCUAUUAUCCAUGUGGUCAUCUUGAAAAUUCAGCUAGCCAUCAGAUAGUUGAUUUUAGAGAAUUAGUGCCAGUCUUUCCAUUAACACUGAGAUACAGAACAUGUUUGUCUAAAGUGCUGUGUGCAGUUAUAUAAGUAAGUACAGAGCACUUUCCAAGAGAAACACUAAAUAAAUGUGUAUUUAUCUAUAAAGACCUAAACAAAUUUGUGUGCAAAUUAAUUGCAGUUAUUGAGUUUCUGGCAAGACGCCAUUACAGCCUUUGCUGCGGCAAAAAAUUACUUACCACUGUCCUAAACACUAGUCUCCCAAGAAACGGACAGUGUCACGUUGGGCCAAAUUAUUUAAUCUCCUUGAGUUAGAUUCCAUUGCUGCACCAGUGCAGACUCUGGUUUGGCAACUGAGUGGGUUGUGCCUUCUUGCCUGAGUCUUCAGGGAACUGAGUUGGCUCCCGGUGCAGGGUUAGGGCAACCCAUCAGGACUUCCCUAAGUUGCACCUCUGCUGUUAGCACUGCAAAAUAACCUGGGCAUAGGAUUGGCCCUCCUGUCUCCCGCAACAGGGCUCUUUUGAUGGGUUGCAGAGCUGCCUUUGUACCUCUUCAAGAAAGUCUGCCAUGCUGAGGAUGGGACUUACAGCUGCUUUUUAGCUUUGUUAUGCUGUUGUAAAGUGGCUUCAGUGCUCCUAUGAAUGCCCCCUUGUGUCUUCAGUCAACCCAGCUGAACAACUGCACUGAAAUCACAUCUUCAGUAACAGGAAUGUUGCACCUGUGCUUUCCUAGAUUAAAAACAAAUAUUGGGGUUGUCUUUUAAAAAGUGCCUGUAUUUCUUUAAAUAUAACACCUAUAUUUUGUAUCUGUUGUAGAGUCUCUAACAAUCUCAUUUUUAAUAAGGCAUCGGAACUAUGAAUUUUGUAAUUUAUUGAGACCGAGUAGAAAAAUUUUGGUCAGAUUUUUGUGCACUAAUUACUCAUUCUUGUUAAAGCUCUGAGGCAGAUAUCAAUUUAGGGCAUGGUUUCUGCAUGGAAAAAUAUUAAAAUAUGCUAUUUUAUAUGAUGUGAUCUAUGCUCUUGUUCUCAAUCAUAUUUUUCUUCAAAUGUCAAGACUCUGUACUGCUUCUGCAAAAUGACCUCUUGAACUUCACAAAAAGGAACAAAAAUAAAUAUUUGAUCCACUGUCUUAAA